UCAAUCUCGAAAUUGGACUGCGGAUCUGAGCCCCAAGUUUCUGCUGUGGGAGUCCGGUGAACGUUCACACGGUGUGACCGCCUGAGGCGCUAAUUUCCCGUACCAUAUUCCUCUCUCUCUCUCUCUCUCGCUGCCUUCUCCGACGAACCCUAAUGCCUCCAUAUCUGGAUCAUAGUUGAUUGAAUUAUGUACCUUGCUUCAUAAGGUUUAUCAUGUUGUAAAAGGAGAUAUUGUGCCAAUCAUCAUGGGAAGCAAAAGCUGUAUACCUCCUCCGCAUCUGCGACUGCCUCUUCCUGGUCCUGGCUUGCUGCAACCAGAUCCAUUUGGUCCAGGCAUUCAUCCCCUGCCUGGUGCUUUUCCUUUCGAUAUGUUGCCACCUCCGGAAAUUAUGGAGCAGAAGCUUGCUGCACAUGAUGUGGAAAUGCAAAGACUUGCAUCAGAGAACGAAAGUUUUGCAGCUACCCAUUAUUCUUUGAGGAAGGAAUUAUCUGCUGCACAACAGGAGUUGCGGAGAUUGCAGACUGACAUGGGUACCAUUAGAGUGAUCAAGAGCAACAAUUAAGAAUGCUCUUGGAUAAUAUUUCAAAGAUGGAAGCUGACUUGAAAGCUUCUGAACCUGUUAGUGUAGAUUUGCAGCAGGUUCAUGCAGAAGCUUAGAGCUUGGUAGUAGCAAGACGGGAGCUAAUUUCCAGAGUACAACAGCUGACUGAGGAUUUGCAGAGGAGCCAUGGUAAUGUCCAGCAAAUCCCAUCAUUGAUGUCGGAACUUGAGGUCCUUGACAAGAAUAUCAGGAUUGCAGAGCCACAUAUGAUUCUGAGAGGAAACUGCACAUGGAUCAUUAUGAGUCACUUCAAGUAAUGGAGAACUAUGUCUCCAUGGUAAGAGAAGUAGAAAAAUUAUGUGCUUGAUUGAGAAAAUCUACUAACCUUGUCAGAAGUGGUGGGCAAUUUGGGGCAAAUGCUUGGGCUUACAAGGAAAACGAUGCAUUUGGACACCAUCCUGUAGGAUAAAAUGCUUAUGAAGAUGGUUAUGGAGUCUCUCAGGAGCAUGGUCCUUCUGUUGGUGCAGUUUGGUAUGGUAGAGCUGCAGCUGGAUCUGUGGCUGCACGGGAUCUACAUGAUGCCCCAAGAGGCCAUGCAUAUGAUGCUUCUAAAGGAUCUAGUUUCAGUUCUCCAAGAGUUCAGCCUAUAAUGCUGCUGGAGGUAGCAGCUAUGAUGGACCUAGAGGCACUGGUUAUGAGGCCUCCGUGGCUUCUGGAUAUGAUGCACCUAAGGUAGUCAUGUGGAACGCUGCUGCUUCCUAUGGAUUAACAAAUGCGACAUCUUAUGGAGCAGCAGCAGCUUCACCACUCCAUAGUUCAACACAACAAGCGACAUAUGGAUCUGGGCAGACUCCACCUGCCUAUUUAUCAACAUAAGAAGCACCAUAUGGAUUGAGGCACCUUGUGACGGAAACACCGUGCAUAGAUAAAUUGAAAUUGACCUACGGAGCAGUUUUUUCGGCCCACAUGGUAAAUACUCCUAUGAUGGAUCUUAAUCAUCAAAAUCUUACCCUUUUUGUUUUGGAUCCUGCCACAUUGAAUGGAAGUGGCUACAAUGUGUUGCCCAUGAUUUUGAAGACAUAAAUAUACACAUCUGUUUGUUUGGAAGUUCUUCAUGAACUUCUGGCUUGUUAUUAGAUGUCGAUUGCUUCCUGCUUUUAAUGUAUGCAUGCUCUAGUGUAUUACAGAGAUUUUAUUUUAACAAUGUUUCUCUGGCUUUUACCUUAUAACUUGAUGAAGGCAACAACAUUGCCCUAGUUAGCAAUGCUUCAGGGACAUCUGGUUAUUUCAAAAUGUACAGAAUUAAGAUAGUCAAAGCAAGGGGAGAACGCAAACCACAGGUAGCUCGUAUCUACCAUGGCAGACUCCUAUAAUCUUCACACAACCAGCAACAAAUCUUCACCUUUGACAUGCCAAAAUGCUGAUGGAAGUUGCUGUGCAUAAUUGAACAAAUUGCCAUAAAGGUGGUGUCAGGUUGAAGGGCCAAUGACUGUAACAUGGAAUGAAACUGAUGUACAUGAUCUGUGGAGACUAGUGAAGGUAUGAUCUGCACAGAAUCCACUCAGAUGUGAUUGCCUGUAUUCAGCAAUAUUUUCCACCCACCAGUGUACUCAUCUAAGUUACUCAGGUAAGUUGACUUUAGUCAACUGAAUUUAUCUAGCUCUUCGUGUUCUCUUUUUUCUUUUAUGACUCACUUUCUGUUCACCUGUUACCAUGCUAAUAAUUCUAAUUAGACAAGUUCGAAUUAAACUAGUCGGGACUAAAAUCUAUGGGAUUGGAUACCAAUGGAAUCCAAAGAUUUGAGACUUUUAACUUGUAGAACAAACUCAACAUAUGUCAUGAAAAUUUACUAAAAUGAUUACAUUUUUAGUCUUCUCUUAAAUAUUCUCACACAAAAGUGUUUUCCUAAUAUGGAUGGAAGUGUAUGGAUAUUUUAGGGACUGCCUUCCAUUCAUGGAGGAGAGCAAGCUUUUGAUCAUUUGAACUCAGUUGUUUGUCUCUAGAGUUACUUCCACCCUUCUAUUACAGGCAUGUGUUGCACUCGUCAGGAAGACACAGUUCAAGAGGGGAUUCCCUGCUUGCAUACCAGCCAUGGCCGUCGUCAAAGGUACACUUCUUUGGCCAUUAAACCUUGUGGUAACUUUUGAGCAAGAUGUGCAGCAAGUCAGCAGUAAAUGAAGAUCCUUCUUUUGAAUUAACUAUUUCUUAAUUAAUAUUGUGUUGCUUGUGAGGUCAUGCUAUGACUAGGGGUAUAUAUUCCUUGAAACAAGAGCAAGUGGCUAGGGUUAGGAGAGAAGGAAUUCAUGUCUUUUGGACUUGCAUUGCAUGUUCACAUGGAAGAGACAUGUCACAUAUAAUAUAUAGCUCACAAAGGACACCCCCAGGGAUAACCAUUGGAUGAUUGCUCCUAUUCUUCCAAUUUGGAUCCUAUGAUGGGUUCUAUUACCCACCUCCACUGACUUUGUCUCUACCUUUUUCAUCCACCUCUAGUGUUUUUAAUGACUAAGGAUUAUUCUUUAUUUGCUUUUCUUCCUUCCUUUUCUCUGAAACAACAUUCCAUCAUCAAGAUAUUCUAGUAGUUCUUUUUUUGGUGUAAACUUUGAAAUUUAUGAAGGUUUUUUUUUUAAUGUUGUUUUGUAGUUUGAAAUUGUGAAUAUACUUGUUUUUAUGUUUUUGGGUUUUGAAAAAAACAUAAUAACACAAAAUAAAAAUAUCUCCAUGCCUGCUUCAAAAAUGGGUUUUAAAAAUAAAUUCAUUUGCAUUUUUGACCUAAAAGACUUCUCCAGUGUCAAUCCAUCAUUUGCUAUUCCUACUCUUUCUCUCUCUCCUUGAUUUGACUUUGAAGAGAAAAUAUGAAAUUUUAAGGAAAUGUACAGUCUCUUAUCAUGGGGGAUUUUUUUGUUAUUAUUUUUUGAAACGAUUGCUCAUCGUUCUUGAAAAUUUGGGACUUGUGUUAUUCUUUAAAACCUUUAAUGUCGUUUUUUUUUGUCAUUGUUGUCCAACAUUUUUAAAUUAUAUUUUGUUUUCUGCUAUUAUGUGUGACUUUUUAGAUCAUUCUCGAACAUUCGGGAUUUUUUUUUUUGGUAAUUAUGAAAUAUGGGGGAAUAAUAAAGAAAAAUAAAACUCGGUGUCGACCGCGUAGUGCGUUGGCAGCAUUUGGAGCGUCGGAUGUGCACCCGUGAGGGUUACGAAUAGAAGAGAUCACAUGCGCGUAAACCACACGCGUAUGAAAACACCGUGCGAGAGCACCACCCACGGCCGACGACGGCAGCUUUUGGUGCACCCGUGACAAGGGUUCUGCAGCUGCGAACUCUGCAAUCUCGCCGACGACUUCUCCUGCGGUGCUUCGAUUGUGAUCGUGGUGACAAAACAGGGGUGGCAUGGCUGAGGGAGGGAAUCAGUAAAAGCACUCUUCGCACCACACACGCAUGAAGAACACAAAAUAUUAAUUAGCAUUGCAGUGAAGGAAGAAGACAGGGCAACAAAGAUAUGUCCCCUUCCCCCACACACGCAUCUCCAGAUGCCAACCAUGCCUCACUGGUCCCUUCUCAAACGGAAUGAUGGGUGGCCAAACCCAGGGAAUGUUGGAUUCUAUGUUUCCCCACCACCGCCGUCCGCCUUCCUUUUCACCUUGUCCGUUUCUUGCUUCCUCCCACACUCUCCUUACUCCGACGGAGAUUCAGUGUUUUCUCUUCAUUUCUCAUGUGCCAUUGGUAAUGGUAAUGGCUUUGUGGAUGGAUGCAUUGAAUCAUCCAUUCCAUUUUGAUGGCAAAUUCGUGACAACUCGAGCAGAGAAAACCAAGAAACAUAUGUUCUUCAUGGGAAGAAUCUAAUCAAGCUUAGGUUGGAUGCAUCAGCGAGUCUAGGAAACUAGAGUACAUCAUAUGGACCCUUUUGAGGGCCAUCUUUAACAUAGUUAUUCUUUGAGGUGCAUCAUUAGCUGUCCUCCUCCUCUUGUAAUUGCUGGAAGGGAACAAGUUCUUGUUCCCUUCUCUCUCUCACUCUCUCUCUCUCUCUGCUUUUAAGUAGUCCUGCAACUCUGCCAUCAAAAGACAUGAACAUCUUGUCAUUCCAUAAUCUGUCAUCAAUUUGUGCCAGACACACCUCCCAAGCAAGUGACCCACCAAAUAUUUCCAUUCUUUGUUUUCAUCGGAAUAACAAUCCACCACUUCAUCUCACUUCUAACUUGCUGCAUCUGGCGAGCAUGUCUGCGCUCCCCACUUCCUUGCACUCUUAAAAAACUCUCCUUUUCAUUCCAUCAAGACAGCAAAUUCUACAGACUUGUCUACUGUCUCCUGCCUCAAGAGAGGAGGAUUGGUAAUAGGAGGCUGCCUGGUGUGUGAAAGAGGAAUCCCACGAAUGAUUUCACCACCUGACUCCAUCAAGCCAUCGCUGCAAACCUUAAGCUGAACACCUGCCGUGCCUGCUCUCGAGUAUCUGUUAUUUGGAGACUGGUACACAAUGAGCUCGAUGAGAGCAAGGAAGGGCAGCACUCUGGUCUUUUGCUCGGUCUUCUUCUUCCUCUGGACUAUCGUAACUGCUACACUCUCCCCCAAAGGUGUCAACUUUGAAGUGCAAGUUUUGAUGGGUAUAAAAGCUUAUCUUGUGGAUCCUCAUGGUGUUCUCGAGAAUUGGGACCAGGACUCUGUUGAUCCAUGCAGCUGGACUAUGGUCACAUGCUCGCCUGAGAACUCAGUCAUUGGCCUGGCAACUCCAAGCCAGAAUCUCUCUGGUACUCUCAAUCCAAGCAUAGGAAACUUGACAAACCUUCAAAUUCUGUUCCUGCAGAACAAUAACUUAUCGGGGCCGGUACCGCCAGAAAUUGGGAAGCUCUCCAGGCUUCAAACCGUUGAUCUGUCCAACAACUACUUCUCCGGCAAAAUCCCUGCCUCGGUGGGCAAUCUGAAUGGUCUUCAGUACAUGAGGCUUAAUAAUAACAGCCUUACUGGAGCAUUUCCUGCAUCUUUGGUCAAUCUUUCACAACUUGCUUUUCUGGACUUGUCUUACAAUAAUAUCAGCGGCCCUAUACCUAAGCUUCCAGCGAAAACGUUCAACAUUGUUGGAAAUCCUUUAAUUUGUCCAUCAGCUUUGAAGCAAAAAUGCUUUGGAAUGAUGCCCAUGCCAAUGUCCUUCGACAUGAACAAUUCACAAAGUGCUCCAGCUUUGGUGAGGCCCAAAAGCUACAAAGUCAUUCUUGCAUUUGGAUCCACCUUUGGGAGCAUCUGCUUAGUUUGUCUUGGCUGUGGACUUUUUCUCUGGUGGAAGCAAAGUCAUGACCAACAGAUAUUCUUUGAUGUCAACGACUUACAACAUGAAGAACUCUGCCUCGGUAAUCUAAGAAGGUUUCACUUCAGGGAGCUUCAGAUAGCAACAAAUAACUUCAGCAGCAAAAACAUACUAGGCCGUGGUGGCUUUGGAAAUGUCUAUCGAGGGACGCUGCAAGAUGGAACUUUAGUCGCCAUCAAAAGGCUCAAGGAUGGAAAUGCUGCAGGUGGCGAGAAACAAUUCAAAACUGAAGUUGAAAUGAUCAGCUUAGCAGUGCACAGAAACGUCCUUAGGUUACUUGGUCUUUCCAUGACUGCCACAGAAAGGCUUCUUGUUUAUCCGUACAUGUCAAAUGGAAGUGUUGCUUCCCGACUCAAAGCAAAACCAACAAUAGACUGGAGUACCAGAAAAAAGAUAGCUUUGGGAGCUGCAAGGGGCCUUCUUUAUCUGCAUGAGCAAUGUGAUCCCAAGAUCAUUCACAGAGAUGUAAAAGCUGCCAAUAUACUGCUGGAUGACCACUGCGAGGCUGUUGUGGGAGACUUUGGACUAGCAAAGCUUCUUGAUCACAGGGAUUCACAUGUAACUACAGCUGUGCGGGGAACCGUGGGACACAUAGCACCAGAGUAUCUCUCGACGGGCCAGUCCUCUGAGAAAACAGAUGUAUUUGGUUUUGGAAUCCUCCUCCUCGAACUGAUUACUGGUUUGGGAGCCGUAGAAUUUGGUAAGGCAGCAAACCAGAAAGGUGCCAUGCUCGAUCGGGUUAGGAAGAUUCACCAAGAAAAGAAACUUGACAUGCUAGUUGACAAGGAUCUGAAGAGCGACUACGACCGGGUUGAGCUGGAAGAGAUCAUCCAAGUGGCACUCCUGUGCACGCAGCACGUUCCAGGCCACAGGCCAAAGAUGUCUGAGGUGGUUAGCAUGCUCGAAGGUGAUGGUCUCGUAGAGAGAUGGGAGGCCUCUCAGAGGAUGGAGGCUCAUAAGCUGACGGUGCCCGAGACCUUCUCGACAUGUUAUUCCUUCAACAUCACCGAUGACUCCUCAUUACUGGCACAAGCUAUUGAGCUUUCUGGACCAAGGUGAUCGAUCGAUGAUGAUAGUUGAUUGUCAUAACCAAGAUGCCUAUAAUGCUAUGCGAAGAGAUUGUACAUAUCAUAUCAGGGCCAUUAAUCUCUGUUAAGAACAUAUACGAUAACAUGUGUUAUCGCAUAGCAAUAAAUUAAUUUUAUGCUUUUGUAUAGAAAUAAAUUGAUCAUCCAUGUGUUAUGAUAAGUUCACAAUGAAA